UAAUUUUCGCCAAUACCUGCCCAUUUAUCAGUUUAUAUCUCCCAUUAGAACUGACCUCCUUAUUUUCUAUUCUUCACAAAAGGCCCUUUCACCGAGUAGCGUGGGAGAGAGAAUUCAGAAAUGGCGUCUUCAUUUAUCUCUGCAGUUGCAAGAAGGCUUGAGGGAAAAGUAGCCCUAAUCACAGGCGGCGCAAGCGGAAUUGGUGAAUGCACGGCCAAAGUCUUCGCCCACCACGGAGCCAAAGUUGUUAUUGCAGAUAUCCAAGACGAAUUAGGCCAUUCGGUGGCUGAAGCCUUAGGCCCAUCAAACUCCACCUACGUCCACUGCGAUGUCACAGAUGAGACCCACAUUAAAAAUGCAGUAGACAAAGCAGUUGCUACCUAUGGCAAACUUGACAUAAUGUUCAACAAUGCAGGGAUUGCGGACGAAAACAAACCACGUAUAAUCGACAACGAAAAGGCCGACUUCGAACGUGUUCUUAGCAUUAACGUGACCGGAGUUUUCCUUGGUAUCAAACACGCUGCCCGUGUAAUGAUUCCGGCACGUAGAGGCAGCAUUAUUUCCACUGCUAGUGUGAGUUCAAGAGUAGGUGCUGCAGCCUCACAUGCAUAUUGUUGCUCAAAGCAUGCUGUUUUAGGACUUACAAGAAAUGCAGCAGUUGAGCUUGGGCAAUUUGGGAUCAGAGUGAAUUGCUUGUCCCCUUAUGCGCUUUCUACCCCUUUGGCCAAAAAAUUUGUGGGGCUUGAUGAUGAGGGACUGGAGAAUUUGAUGAAUUCACUUGGGAACUUGAAGGGUGUGACACUUAAGGCAGAGGAUGUUGCCAAUGCUGCACUAUAUCUUGCUAGUGAUGAGGGUAGAUAUAUUAGUGGGCAUAAUCUUUUUAUUGAUGGGGGAUUUACUAUUUAUAACCCAUCAUUCCAAAUGUUCCAAUACCCAGAUUCUUAACUUGCUUACCAUAUUACAUUCUUGUUGUUGAAGAGAGGUACAACACUUCUAAGUUUCUUGCCCACUGACUGGCUUUCAAAUUCUCAUUGGUGGAAGUAACACAUUACUUAUUUUGA